ACAUUGGGUGGAGUAAUGGUGGGCGUGGCUACCUCAAACUGUCAAUUAAGCGUUUUAGAGAACAUCUUUCGACAUCUUUACCUUGGAACAAUGUUUGGGAAAAAGAGUAAAAAGCCAAGCGGUGGUUCACCGUAUCCUAAACAGCCAGCAUAUCCAGUUCAACAACCAGCUUAUCCUGUCCAGCAACCUUAUUCAACCAACCCAGGUUAUCCUCCUCAGCCUGGAGCAUACCCAUCAGCACCAGGAUACCCUCCUCCCCCUGGUGGAUACUCGGGAUAUCCUCCCCCAGUUCCCCCUGGAGGAUACUCAGGAUAUCCACCUCCUCCUACUGGAUAUCCACCUCCUCCUGCUGGAUAUCCUCCUCCUCCUGGAGUGUAUCCAACUGACCAGCCUCCUGCCUACUCUCAGCAACCACCUCCACCUCAGCCAGCGCCUGUUGCUGUAUUUAAUCAAGAUGCUGCGAUCAAUCCUAACAAGCCUGUCAAUAUUCCACCACCUCCCCCUGGGUAUGCUCCCACAGCUGCGCAACAAGCUUCCGCUGAAGGAAGAAGUGUUCAAGUCUCACAACAGAAGAAGGAUAUGUGGGGUGGAGGCUCUGAUGGUGGGUAUACGAUCUGGUAAUUUGGACCAUAUAAAUUUCCUUAUUGUGUCACUAUUAUUAUUAUAUCAGGAUAUAUGAACUGUUAAUUGUAUCAAUUGUUUAUUCACAUUAAUUUAUUAUUGUUGCAAGUAGUUGUUUAUUGUUUUAAAAUUGUCUUUGUGGUUCAUUAAAACCUUAUUAAUUUUAGAUUUGUAAAUAAA